AGUCUAGAUACCACAUCAAUCGUCACCUUCCAAUCAACUCUUGGGAUGUCAAAAAUUGAUUUUUCCUAGAACACGAUAACGAUAUCUUUGAAUUUCGUGUGGAACUUACUGGUUAAUUAGUCGCAUGUGGAAUUCUUUGGUGUAAACAAUAUGGUGGUGCAAUUGAUCAACAAUUUAAAAACAUGUCAUAGUAAUUUGAAAUAAAUCACAAUGGACACAGAUAUUUUACGUAUUAGUUGUGCAAGGAUAGGUAAAUGGUUGGUUCAAGGCCCUGGUUAGCUGUCAACCGCUAAGCGCUCGAUAUGACGACAGAGAAGCUUGUUUUUAAACUGGAUCACCCGCAUGGAACUAGUGAAGUUUUCAUCAGCUGGCAACGAGGAAAUGGUGUUUACCUGGCCACUACUGGUGCUGAUCAGACAGUUGAAAUAUACAACAGACAUGGGAAGAGAAUAGAAAAAAUAAGAUUACAAGGUGUGUGCACAGGAUUUGACUGGGAUGUUGAUGGUGACCAUCUUGCCAUUAUUACAUCGAACUCCUCACAUUUAACCUUGUGGGAUGCAAACACGACAAAGAAGUCACACAUUGAUAUUGGCCUGCGAGAUCCUAUGAGUUGCAUCAUUUGGGCCAAGAAGGGAUCACUGGUUGCUGUUGGUACCUCGCGAGGAAAUCUUGCAAUAUAUAAUCACAGUACAGCAAAAAGGGUGCCAAUUUUAGGCAAGCACAAUAAACGCAUCAGCUGUGGAUCAUGGAGUGCAGAAGGACUUUUGGCUUUAGGAUCUGAAGAUCGCUCAUUAUCUAUCAGCAACAAUGAGGGAGAUACCCUGAAAAUGAUAUCUUUGCGUGCUGAGCCGAGUGAUAUCCAAUUUUCUGAAAUGAAAAUGGAUGAGAGGCUUGGAAGUGAAAAUACAGUCAGUCUUCUGGUGGGAAAGCGAACACUUUUCCUUUACAAUCUUCAUGACCCUGACAAUCCUGUGGAGUUAGCAUUCCAACAACGAUAUGGCCAUGUUGUCACAUACAAAUGGUUUGGUGAUGGAUAUAUUCUGCUCGGGUUUAGUGCUGGUUACUUUGUGGCCAUAUCGACACACAUAAAAGAAGUGGGGCAAGAGUUGUUCCAAGUAAAGAAUCACCGAGAUAAUCUGAAUGAUAUAGCUCUUUGUCGGUGCAUAGGGAAAGUUGCUUCCUGUGGAGAUAAUACAGUGAAAGUGCACGAUGUGAGCAACCUUCAGGAAACAAGUGCUGUACUCACACUAGAGGAUGAGGUCGGGGCCCAACACCUCGCAUGGAGUGAGGAUGGGCAGCUACUCGCUGUUGCUGCAAAAGGUGGAAAUGUAUUUGUUUUCCUCAGUCGGCUACCCCAGUUGUCUGCGACCAAUGCAUGUCGUGUUGCAGUUCUUACUUCCCUCACAGAACUCACUGUCUUUUCUUGUGAUGCAGAAGGCAAGAGUAAGGCAUCAGGAGUUGUUGAGUUGGCAGUGGAGCCAAAUUUCAUAGCCCUGGGUCCAUACCACUGUGCAGCAGGCAUGAAUAAUCAUGCGUGGUUUUACGAGUUGGGACAGCAGCCAGUACAGAGUUUAUCAGAGCAUCAGUAUGUGGGAACUGUCAACAGUCUCCAGCUAGGACCUGAAUAUGCCUCAGCUCUUACUGAGGGGAAAGUGCAACUGCAUCUGAUUGAACCAGGCAAUGGCAGUGAUGAAGAUCGUGAAAUGAAGAUGUUCCCAGAUGAAACCAAGCAGGAAAUGAACAUCACAUGCCAUUCUCUUACAACUGAUUUCCUGAUAUAUGCUACGGAUAUGGGGCAUAUCCAUUACUUCUUCAUUGAAGACUGGAAGAUAGUGGUAGAUUUUCAGCACACUAUUGGAAUACGCAGUAUCUACUCCAACCAAAGUGGAAGCCGUGUCAUUUUCAUUGACGACAAGAGUGAAGGCUACAUUUAUAAUCCUGUGACCGAUCAGGCUCUGAAGAUCCCUGACUUGCCAGCAAAAUGUCGUGGAGUACUUUGGGACUCAGCUACUGAAGGACGAGACACGUUUGCAGCUUUUGAUGACUCUGAAAUUGUAAUAUAUGUGUACAUAAGACAUUCUGUCAACGCAGGAACAGGUGUGGAACAAGUGAGUACUACUCGACUGCCAGCCAACCAGGUGCCUGUAUUGAUGGUCGGUACACAAGUAGAGCUGGUUACACUUGCUGGACGGCUCAUGUCACUUCCUCUGGGACCACAACCCCCUGCUGGAGCCUCUACAUCCAUUGACUACCUGGAGGAACUGCUGCAGCACCAAAUCACACUGUGCAGAUUCUCAGAUGCAUGGAAAACAUGCAAACUGUUGAACACCAAGGAAUCGUGGACACGUUUAGGAGAAGCAGCACUGAAAAAUCUUGAAGUAGAAUUUGCCAUUCAAGUGUAUCAAGAAAUUGAUGAUGCAGGAAUGGUUUGGGCCCUUGAGAAUAUCCAAGAUGAGGAAGACAGGCGACUAUUAACUGGUCAUAUGGCAGUAUUCUUAAAGAACUUCGAUAAGGCUCAGGAAUGGUAUUUAUCAUCAAGUGAACCUGUGACAGCUUUGCACAUGCACCGGGAUCUUUUGCAAUGGGAUCGUGCCCUGCAGUUGGCCAGUAAGCUCGCACCACACCAGACACCGUUCAUUGCAAAAGAAUAUGCCCAGCAGCUUGAAUUUACAGGGAAUUAUGCUGAAGCAUUAAUCCAUUAUGAACAAGGGCUGGCUGAGGCUACAGACAGUCUUAAGGAUGCCAAAAGCGGCAGUGAGCAACAUGUUGCCGUGUGCAGAGCUGGUGUCGCUCGGACUUCGAUUCGCUGUGGUGAUGUACGCAGAGGUGUUGCUAUUGCUAUGGAUAUUGCUAGCAGCCCUCAGCUUAAGAAGGAGUGUGCUGACAUACUAGAAGGAAUGAAGCACCUGGCAGAUGCAGCUCUGCUCUAUGAGAAAGGGCAGUUUUUUGAGAAAGCAGCAUUAACAUACAUUCGACUGAAAAAUUGGUUUAAAGUUGGUGAGCUGCUCUCACACAUCUCAUCUCCAAAAAUACAUAUUCAGUAUGCUAAGGCGAAGGAAGCAGACGGCAGCUACCGUGAGGCUGUAGCUGCAUAUGAGGCAGCACGAGACUUUGACAAUGUCAUCCGUGUUAACCUCGAUUACCUGAAUAAUCCUGAGGAUGCAGUUGACAUUGUAAGAAAAACAAAGAGCUUAGAGGGCGCAAAGAUGGUGGCCAAGUUUUUUCAAAGACUUAAUGACUAUCAGUCUGCAAUUCGCUUCCUGGUAAUGUCGCAGUGCUACGAUGAAGCCUUUCAGCUUGCAAGGCAGCAUGGGCAGAUGGAAUUGUAUGGGGAAAUAUUGUCAAGCUCAGUAGAAAUUGAUCCAAGACCAGAUGAUUUUAGAAGCCUUGCUCUCCAUUUUGAAACAGAAAAAAAUAGCCUUUUGGCUGGAAAAUAUUAUUUUCAUGCGGGGGAUUAUAAUAAGGCAUUGAAACACUUAAUGAAAGUACUUAAAACCAAUUCUGAAGAUCCUGAAGCCAUAUCUUAUGCAAUUGAUGUUGUGGGUGUCGCAAAUGAUGAACACAUUGCCAAUCAGCUCAUAGAAUUUCUCUUGGGGGAUACGGAUGGCGUUCCAAAGGAUCCAAAAUAUUUGUUUCGUCUUUAUAUGGCAAGGAAGCAGUACAGAGAAGCAGCCAAAACUGCACUAAUUAUAGCCAAUCAAGAACAAGUAAAUGGUAAUUACAGAAACGCUCAUGACGUAUUGCUGGGUAUGUACCAGGAGCUUCGUAGAAAUGGAAUUCGUAUACCAUCUGAAAUGCAGAUCAAUCUAUCCCUACUGCACUCCUACAUCCUUGUACGCCUGCAUGUUCGUCAAGGACAACAUGCAAAAGGUGCACGGAUGCUGAUCCGAGUUGCCAAAAAUAUCUCAAAAUUUCCUUCUCAUAUUGUUCCUAUCUUGACAUCCACUGUGAUCGAAUGCUCACGAGCAGGUCUCAGGAAAUCAGCAUUCACUUAUGCUGCAAUGCUCAUGCGCCCUGAAUAUCGCUCUCAGGUGGAUCCAAAAUAUGCAAAGAAAAUUGAAGCAGUAGUAAGGAAACCAGCAAGAGGAGCUCCUGAAGAAGAUGAAUCAGUUUCUCCUUGCCCAUAUUGUAAUUCUGAUCUUCCCGACACAGAAUUACAGUGUCCUCGUUGCAAGAACACUAUCCCCUUUUGCAUUGCUACGGGGCGUCAUAUUGUCAAGGAUGAUCUCACAGCCUGUCCACAUUGUGAUUUUCCAGCUAUAUAUACAGAACUCAUCACGAUUGUUCAGUCAGGCGAACUGUGUCCGAUGUGUUCAGAAAAUAUAGAUCCUAACGAUCUUACAAGGAUACAGAGUGCAGAACUAUAUCUCUUCCCACAAGGACAAGAAUGAAGAUAUAAUUCCAGUCCUUCUACAGUAAUAAUGAAAUUGCCAUAAAACAUUAACACCGAGAAAACUCAGUAAAACAAGAAAUGGAAUUAGUUUCAGCAGGAACACCACUACGUUUACUGAAACUGGAGGUUUCAUUACCAAAAAUGCCUUCUUUAGAUGAAAAUAGGAAAUAAAAGAAAAAAUGAUGUGAAGGGAGAUGUGUGAGAAAGCACCUGAUAAUUGGAGAGCAUCCAUCAGUCAUUGCAAAAAUGUUCUGGAUAUUGGGAAAUGUCUUUCUGUGGACUAUUUUCUCUUAUCUUCUGCAUACUUUAGUUUCUCGUGUUCCCAAAUGAAGAAUUUCUGCCACUACUGGGUAAAAUUUUAGUAAUGUGUUUUAUGUUUGUAACAAUUGGCACCAAAAUUGCUCCUGUGAAACAUGCAAUUUCUCUAUCUAUACUUUCUGAAAUUUGUAGCUUUUAUUCGUGAUUUUAUUGUGUACACACAGAUGUUAGAUACACUUUGCUUUAACAGUUUGAUUCCCUCCCUUAUUUUAUAAUAAAAAUAUAACUUAUUUAACUAGAUGUUGUCCAGAAUAUGAAGCAAUAAAAUUUUGGUUCAUAUUAAUUGCUUUGUACUUUAAAAUUUUGAAUGCUACCUUACAAAGAUUUGUACUAAAAAUAACAGAAUGUGGUAUUGAGGACUUUAUUAGAAGAAGAAGAAGUAUAGGAGUAGGAGGAAAAUGCUUAGUCUGCAUUAUUCUGUCUUCUAUUUGCUAUAUUAUUGUUUAUGUUUGUACAAACACUUCGGCAAACAUUGUUUGCAACUUGGGAAGACAUUCAUUCAUGCUGCCUGUGUCAUUUAUGCAUAAUGCCAGACAUGAACUGGAAACUGCUUCCAACUAAACUCUGCCUUUUUACCAAGGCAACAUGUACUCCCUUCAGUUGCUAUCCAUGUUAUGUUAAGAUAUUUCUGGUCCCCUAAUAUGCAUAUUCAACAACAACUUUAUUUUAGUUGCCAUUUAAGUUCUGUUUUACCAUAUUAUUGAUCAGAUUAGACUGGACACACUGUUUGUUUGAUAGGUCUAAAGCAUGGAUAUCCUCAGGUUUGUGGAUCAUGUCAGAGAAACAAAAACACACAAUACAUAUUUACAAAAGAACUAAUAUGCUAAUGAUGUGAAAUACGUCAAAUUUUAAACAAUAGAAAAUCCAAGAUGGAAUACUGACAGUAUUAGGGAAAGGAUAGAUUGCUACUCACCAUUACAGAUAAAACACAGCAAAGACGAGAAAAAGGAUGGACACUAAUUAGAGUAAUGUGCUAGAGGAUAGUAACAAAGGAAAACAGCACUGGAUUGCGGUGUAUCAAUUCCACAAUACUGUCUUACAUUUGAAACAUAUUUUCAUUUACAAAUUAAUACCAAAAUUGUCAAAAAUAUGUUACUAAAGUGUAUCAGGUAAUUAAAACACUAUUGUUGCCAAGUACCUUUAAAACAUGCACUGAAGUUGUGAAGAAGACACACAUUAUAGAGAAAUCGUAAUGUGAUAUUACUGUAUUAAUGAUACAUGCAUAAAUUGGUGGUUCCAAUAAAUUGGAAUUGUUACAGUUGAUCACUCAUAUAUCCUAUGGGCCUCUCUCAAACUGUAGUUUAGUAACGAUAAACAUUUCCUUGUUGGUGUUGGAAAAUAAGUGUUCCCUA